GAGAAGCCUCCAGUGACAAUUGCUUAUGGGUCCAGGCAAACAUGAGGCAGCUGCCAGCCAGACCAGGCAGUCUGGCUCUGUCGGGUUGCAAAGCGGGAAGGCUAAAGACAGUUCCCUUCAGCAGCCGAGAUGCAGAGGGCCAAGGAGGCAAUGAAGGCAUCUGACGGCAGCCUCCUGGGAGACGCCGGCCGAAUACCGCUGAGCAAAAAGGAAGGCAUCAAGUGGCAGAGACCACAGUUCACUCGCCAGGCCCUAAUGCGUUGCUGCUUAGUCAAGUGGAUCCUGUCCAGUGCUGCCCCUCAAGGCUCAGACAGCAGUGACAGUGAACUGGAGUUGUCUACAGUGCGCCAUCAGCCAGAGGGCUUGGACCAGCUGCAGGCCCAGACCAAGUUCACCAAGAAGGAGCUGCAGUCCCUCUACCGAGGCUUCAAGAAUGAGUGUCCCACGGGCCUGGUGGAUGAAGAUACCUUCAAACUCAUCUACUCACAGUUCUUCCCGCAAGGAGAUGCCACCACUUAUGCACACUUUCUCUUCAAUGCCUUCGACGCUGACGGGAACGGGGCCAUCCACUUUGAGGACUUUGUGGUCGGGCUCUCCAUACUGCUCCGGGGGACGGUCCAUGAGAAGCUCAAGUGGGCUUUCAAUCUCUAUGACAUUAACAAGGAUGGUUACAUCACCAAAGAGGAGAUGCUGGCUAUCAUGAAGUCCAUCUACGAUAUGAUGGGCCGCCACACCUACCCCAUCCUGCGGGAGGAUGCACCCCUGGAGCAUGUGGAGAGGUUCUUCCAGAAAAUGGACAGGAACCAGGAUGGAGUGGUGACCAUCGAUGAGUUUCUAGAGACUUGUCAGAAGGAUGAGAACAUCAUGAGCUCCAUGCAGCUGUUUGAGAACGUCAUCUAGGACGUGUGGGAGAGGACCCUGGGUGGCCAUUGCUUUCCAGCCUGGAGAAGCCUCGAUCCUGCCAGGAGCAGCCUCUAUGAGAAACAUUUUUUUAAAUAUGUUUGCAGAAAAGUGAGCAGUUUACUUCCAACACACACACACACACACACACACACACACACACACACACACACACGGUUCCACUAGCUUGGCAAAGGAAGUGGCACCCAGGAGGCACCCCCAGCUAUUCCCAGGUCAAUAGAUGGGGCCGCCUCUGGGGUGCCCAGCCCUAGCUAGAUGUUACCCAUGAGAGCUCAGAGCCCAAGAGGGCCUGGUCCCUAGUGUCUUUUCUACCAUUUGGGAGACCAGGAUACUCUCUGCCCAUGGACCUAUCCCCCUAGGAAGCUCCCAGAAACCCUGCAGGGGCUAAGAGAAAAGAGUUCUGAGUAGGGGGGAAAUGGCGAUGGAAGCUGAGCCUGCAGCUUGAUGCUAGUGCUUAGCUGGGGUCCUGGAACCCCAGUACCAGGCCACCUAUUGUGGGGUGAGAUCAGACAGUGAGGGCCUACUAGGCUAUGACCUCCUUUAAGUGCAGGGCAGGAUUAAGGUUUUUGGAGAAAUUGAGGGAACAAUUUGUCCAUACCACUGGGUGAAGACAACCGGCCAAUGGGAAGGUGAGGGGUGGGGCUCUCCUAACUCCUAGGACGAGGCUGGCCCCUCCAAGGUCCUCUUUGGUUCCAGGGGUGGGGGUUUACCUGGCUCAGGGACCAAGCACCAGGGAGCUGGACUGUACUGGGAGGGGCCUGAUAGGGGGCAUUCCCCUCUUCUUCCCUGGCCACUUGCCACCCAGUUCCUUGGCACAGUGGAUCGGCCAAACCUCUGUGGCUGCUCUUGAACAGGCUUAUCCCACCCACACAAAAAGCACAAACACCCUAGCAGCUCAGGCCAUGCCCACAAGGGAAAGCUGGGGCUCCCUGGGUCGGGGGAGGCUGGGUCCCCACAGCCCUGACUCAGUGGCCCAAGGAAGAUGCUCAGGAGUCCAUCCUGUGCGUCAGAACCUUGGGGUCUCACAGCUCUUUCCUAGCCCAGCUCACCAAUAUUCUAAAGCACAAAACCUGAGGACUGUGCUUGCUGGAACUAGCCGUGAGGCCUGGGGACCUGUGACCAGGCGACAAAUCAACACACCCUCAGAGAAGAGCUGGCUCCUGCCUGCCCCAGGACUCCCCAAGAAGGGACUGUGUCCUAGGCAGCAUGUUCCCUGGAGGAACAUUCCCACAAAAUACAUUCCAUCAACCGCAGCCCAGUCUCUGCUCAGGCCCAGCUCUGGGAAUCCCUGGGUGCUCCCCAGGUCCACUUCAGGAUAAGGAAGGUCCUUAGAGGAGAGGCAAAGUGACCCCCCCUCUCAGGGCUGCACCGAUCCUAUCUCCAUCCUGACUGGGGGGGGGAGGCUUUACCCCAUCUAGAGACCAUCAGCUUUCCCUGGCUCAGGGACCUCCCCUCCACUAGCCUGGCCCUUCCCACCAGGGUCCAUGUGUAUGUGAGAAGCCAAGGCCUACCACCCUAACCUGCUCCACCCUUUAGCCUCUGGCUGCACGCCCAAGCAGGAGGAGUCUGUCUCUCUUGCAGGGACACAGACUGGCCGCAUGUCUGCAUGGCGGAAGCGUCUCCCUUGGGUGCAGCCCGGGAGGGUGGUUCCUGUCUCAGUGCCCACCAAUAUUCAGUCCUAUAUAUUUUAAUAAAAUAAACUCGACAAA